AUGAUGCUAAAUAAAUUACGUUUUUUUGGAACCAAUUUGUUCAAAUUCAAUAAACUUGCUUCAAAUCAAUUACAAGCUAUUUAUGAAAAAUUGGAAUAUUUGGACGAAAUCGACAACUUAGAGUUCGACGGCUCCAUCUUGAACAUCCAGUUUCACAACAAUAAGUUUAUCCUAAUCAACAAACAUGAACCGUCUCAAAAGUUAUGGUACUCCUCAUUUUCAGGCCUGGACUACUUUCAAUAUCAAGAUGAUAAGUGGAUAUCUACUCGAUCAGGAUUGUGCAUGUUUAACAUAUUAUCAAAUGACAUAUACAAAGCGGUUGGAGUAGACAUUAAGUUCAAAUAA